AUGCGGCAUCGGUGCGCGGGGGCUGUCCAUCAGCAUCAGCAGCAGCAUCAGCAUCAGACCCCCCAGCAGACGGCAGCGAGCGGCGAACCAGACGCGCCUGUUUUCAGCCUGCCGCCCCCGCCCUCUUCCCAGCAGCGAGAGUGCGACGCGCACCGCCGGAGCCUCCAGGAGCUCCCCUGCCUGAGUCAGCCCGCGCGGCGCGGGGAAACGCCGUUUCCAGCGGGCGCGCAGCAGCAGGAUCCCUGGGCCCCGGCCGGCUCCCAGCCUCUUUUCCCCAGCUGCCACUGCAGCUUUUCCACGGACCAUUCACAAAACCAGCGUCCAGCUCUCCCCGCACCGCAGCCCUCCCCUGCGCCUAUUCCGCUUCCACCGCCGCCAACAACCUCCUUUCCCGGGGAUUGUCAACGUCUGGCAAGGAGUGGCGAUAAUUACCGCCAGGCGAGCAUCGUGGAACGCUGCAGGGGAGGAGGAGGAGACCACAGGCAGCUGCAGCAGAAGCAACACUGUCAUCCACCCAGGGACUCCUCCCCUGAAGGAAUCCGUGCAAACUCGCAGAAAAGGUGCAUUCUCGCCGAGCCGCGGACGCAGCAGCAACAGAUCCCGCAAUUGCGAGCGCAGCGGCAGCUACUGGUGGGGAGCAGCCUGCCCGUCAACUACUGCGCCAGCGGCUCCGGGGAGCUAUGUAGGACCCGCCAGGCUCCACUGCUGCAGCAGCAGCGCGCACCGGGGCUCGUCGACGUCUCCCAGCGGCCCGGUGACCAGCAGGACCGCGAGAAGUGCGCCAGGACCCCCGCGCCAGGCGCAACGCCCCCGGCCAAGUCGAGCGCGACCGGCGGCGGCAGCGGCAGCAGCAGCGGCAGCAAGGAGAGCCCCAACUACGGCUCCAGCUAUCACCUGUGGCCGGAGAGCCCGCAUAAAGGCGAGGAGAGGAUCCGCAUCGACCCCCAUAAGGCUACUACUGAGAAGAAGAAGCUGAGCCAUGCUGGAUCCAAGCCCUCCCUCUCUGAGAGCAACCGCCGACUCCCUCAGAUAGCCAUGAACACCUGCAAGUACAAUGGCGGCGUGGUGAGACCACUAGUGGGCAGCCUGGCGUCAUCGUCGCGCCGCAACCUCGCGGAGCUCGACUCGGAAACGCAGCCCCUGCAGACGCUGCACAGCUCCGGCUUGGAGGUGGUGGUGUCCAAGGGCAAUGGCGGCGAAGACCCCAGCAAGGCGUCCAACGAGAGCCUGGUCAGGGAGGGCAGCGGGCGCGGCGGAGGAAGGGCGCCGCAGAAGAAGAACAGGGACAUUGGCUACAAGCUGGGCCACAGGAGGGCGCUGUUCGAGAAGCGGAAGCGACUCAGCGACUAUGCGCUCAUCUUUGGAAUGUUUGGGAUUGUUGUCAUGGUGACGGAGACAGAACUCUCAUGGGGGGUUUACACUAAGGAAUCUUCAUAUUCAUUUGCACUGAAAUGCCUUAUCAGCCUUUCCACUGUUAUACUGCUUGGUCUUAUAAUAAUGUACCACGCACGGGAAAUCCAGCUGUUUAUGGUUGACAACGGUGCGGACGACUGGAGGAUAGCCAUGACCUAUGAGCGGAUCUUCUUCAUCGUGCUGGAGCUGCUGGUGUGUGCCAUUCAUCCCAUUCCCGGCCAGUACGUCUUCACGUGGAGGGCCCGGCUGGCCUUUACGUACACGCCGUCCGUGGCGGAUGCGGACGUGGACAUCAUCCUCUCCAUCCCCAUGUUCCUGAGACUCUACCUGAUCGGCAGGGUCAUGUUACUUCACAGCAAGCUGUUCACGGACGCGUCGUCUCGCAGCAUCGGCGCCCUCAACAAGAUCAACUUCAACACACGCUUUGUCAUGAAAACUCUCAUGACCAUCUGCCCGGGAACUGUUCUGCUCGUGUUCAGUAUUUCAUCCUGGAUCAUUGCUGCUUGGACUGUGCGCGUCUGCGAGAGGUAUCAUGACAAACAGGAAGUGACCAGUAACUUCCUGGGAGCCAUGUGGCUCAUCUCAAUCACCUUCCUCUCCAUCGGCUACGGGGACAUGGUACCGCACACGUACUGCGGGAAAGGCGUGUGUCUGCUUACAGGGAUUAUGGGAGCUGGCUGCACUGCGCUCGUGGUUGCAGUGGUGGCCAGGAAGCUGGAGCUGACCAAGGCAGAGAAGCACGUCCACAACUUCAUGAUGGACACGCAACUCUGCAAACGAGUGAAGAACACAGCUGCCAAUGUACUCAGGGAAACAUGGCUCAUCUACAAACACACCAAGCUGGUGAAGAAGAUCGAUCACGCCAAGGUGCGGAAACACCAACGCAAGUUCCUGCAAGCCAUCCACCAACUGCGCAGCGUCAAGAUGGAGCAGAGGAAGCUCAAUGAUCAGGCCAACACCUUGGUGGACCUGGCGAAGACCCAGAAUGUGAUGUACGACCUGGUGUCCGAGCUCCAGGAGCGGAGCGAGGAGCUGGACAAGCGCAUCGGCACACUGGAGGACAAGCUGGACUCGGUGACGGGCAGCCUGCAGGCGCUGCCCUGCCUCAUCUCCCAAGCCAUAACCCAGCAGCAGCAGGACUUCCUGGACGGCUUCGUUCACCGCUUUCGGCCCGCGUCGCUAGCUUCAGAGCGCUCGGAGCGCUCGGAGCGAUCCUGGACGUCCACCACCCGCAGGCGGCGCUCCCCCUCCACCGCACCACACACCUCCUCCGAUAGCGGAUAACCUCCGGAUCCAUCCUCCGGAUCCAUCCUUUCCCCCACCCUUCCCUCCCGAACCACAACUCCUCUCCCCCCCUGUGACUGAGAAUUUAAGCGCAGGGCCGGAUCGGAGAAGGGAAAAAAAACAAACCAAGUGCAUCCGAAAAACAAAAAAAGAAACAAAAGAAACAGACUGAAAAGCCGAGAUAAAGUAGAGGUAUGGUUUAUGUUUUAGCCAUUGUAUGGCUGUUCAAGUUAGCUUUUUUGUAAAAGCCCUUAAAUUGGACCGAGUUCAGGGUCGCUUGGGGUGAGAGCUGGCUAUCACACCGGAGAGUCCUUAACCGCGACGGGUCCGGACAAAACUUUCCUGUACAGGUCUGGCAGGCGAACGCCGCAGCAGCAGAGGCUGAACCGGAGGUCGGCGUUUGGGACUCGCACCUCAAGCGUCGCACGAGCCGAGCGGAAGACUUUACACAAUUGCCAACUUUCAAGGUUCCAGCCUCCUUGCUCUCGAGGAAAAACCACCGGAGCGACUAUCUUUUUUAGUUCCAUACUGACAUGUGAUUUUUUCCAGUGCCUGAAUGUAUAAAUAGUAGAGGGUUAUUUAAUUACUAAUUUCCGAAGCUUUUUUACGAUGUUAACAGUCUGAAUACAGCAUUGCAUUCCCUUUUCAGAUACAUUCCUCUCCGACAAUUCAAAAGAAAACGUCUUUAAAAUGACACGGCCUCCAUUACGCAACAUGUUUUGUUUUGUUUUUCCCUUCUGUUUCUUUUUCUAUUUAUACUAACACCGUGGUGGUGGUGGUGGUGGGGGGGGGAGAA